AUGACGUGGGAGAGGGACUACGAGAAGCUGACCGCGCUCGAGCGCGGCCUGCUGACGCGAGCGCACGACUUCGUGACCCACGACGGAGUGCCACGGCUCAGGCAGCAGGUACUGUGCGUGGCGGCCAUGGCCGCGUUCGACCGCAUCCCUCUGGCCCUGCGCGGGCUCCCAGUUACACCGGCGUGCCGCUUCCUGUACCGCGAGGGCCUGGUGCAGUACUGCCGGCUGCUGGACUCCGCGGGCUACAAGGACGUCCGCGACCUGGCGUUCGCGGACGUUGCCGACCUGUCGAGCGCGGGGGUCGCGUGGACACCGCACGUCCGCCGCAUCACGGGCGCCGCCCGGGAGUGGUCCGCGGCGCCGCGCAGCCCGCUCCACGUCGCGACCUCGCUUGCCUCGUCGGCGGCCUGGUCCCUCGCGGCCCUGGCGGGGUUCGCGCUCGUUGCGACGGCGAUCGGCGUGGCGCUCCUCGCGCUGCUGGGAAGCUCCCCGGGCUCGAAGGAGCGGCUGGGAACUGCCACGGGCGUCGUGGCCGCCACCGCGUGGGCGCGGUACCGCAUUGCGCGGCGCGUCUGGCCGCACCUGGGGACCAAGGACCGCCGGCCGGACGUCCUCACGCCGCUGCGCGUCGCCUCGGUGCCGCGGGCGGUGGUGGACAUCACGCCGGCGUCCAUCGCGCCCGGCGCGUCCGGCCGCAGCGUCGAGGACCUGGCGCCGACGCAGAAGGCGGAGGGGUCGCAGCGAGAUAGUUCCGGGGGCUCGAACUCGCCCACGGGGCUGGACGCGGCAGGGCCCGGCCGCGUGGGGGCGCGCUCGCGGCAGGUGGGCAGGGCGGGGUGCUUGCCGGGGAUGCACCCGGCGCGCCUCGGGGGGUACUUGUCGAGCAUCCUGCGGGGGAAGGCGCCGCACAAGGUCAAGAUACAGCUCUCGCCCAUCGGCAGCGCCCGAAGCAAGACGUCCUCGGGGCGGUUGUCGCGGUACGACAGCGCGGUGUCGCCGGCGCUCGAGGCGCGGUAG